AUCUCUAGGACGUAUUUCACAUCAAGUAGGCUGAACAGAAACAGGGGAAGGAAAAGUCGAAAGUUUUUUUUUAACUUAAACAAUUUCGGGUAUAUUAAACAAAACAGACAUACGUAUACAUUUCGUCUAAUAGUACAACAAUAAUAAAACUUGCAUUUGCAAUUCCAAACCGUAACCAGAAAGGAAAAUUUAAAAUUAGUGUUUAAACCAUGGCACGCGGUCACCAAAAAAUACAAUCCCAGGCAAAGGCUGCCGAGAAGCAGGCAAAAAUGAAGAAGCAACAGGGUCACAGUGCCAACGACCAAAAGAAGGCUGCCCAAAAAGCUUUAGUUCAUGUCUGCGCUGUCUGCAAGUCACAAAUGCCUGAUCCCAAGACUUAUAAGCAACAUUUCGAAAAUAAGCAUCCUAAAAAUGAUAUGCCGGAGGAACUGAAAGAUGUCUGAAAUAUACAUUUUUGCAACCAGCUAUAUAUAGUAUACUCUUUCUGACUCUCUCUCUCUGUCUAUCUCUCUCUAAAUAUAAACUAUAAGGACGAGUUGCCGCCUAACAUCUAGAGGAAAAGGAAGAAACAGAAUUAAGCAACAAGAAAACAAAAAAAAAAAAAACAAAGAAAACGGAAACAAAAAAAAAGAAAAAACACAAUCAGUUUAAGUGAAAUUUGGUCUUAAUUUAUCUAUUCUAUAUAUCCUUGCGCUUUACAUAUUUACACACACACACACAUAUAAAUAUAUACAUAAUUUUCUCCUUUUUUCGAGACAUCUUUCCAAAUUUUCUGAUUAUGAUAAUAAUACCAACAGCAAUCAUUUAAUCCAA